CCAAAAUUCUCAAAAUCAAGCAUCGCAUUGUUCAAUCGACGACGCUUGAACCCCAGCCACUAUCAUCAACUGCUGAAACGGAGCGCAGUCGCCGAAGAAAUCUCAGCGGCGGAGGUCGAUCAGAGCGUGAUUGACGAUGAAGAAACUCUCAGGCAGAAGGAAACAGUCAGUUAUGAUUGGAGCGAAGAAUGGUAUCCGCUCUAUCUCACCAAAAACGUCCCCGACGACGCGCCGCUUGGCCUCACGGUGUUCGACAAGCAGGUCGUCUUGUUUAAAGACGGCGCCGGCGAGCUCAGGUGCUACGAAGAUCGCUGCCCCCACCGGUUGCUGUAUACUUUGUGCAACAACUGUUUUGUGCUCUCCUGUAAAAGGAUAUAAGGUGUUAUGUGUUAGCAUAAUAAUAUGGAGCUUCAUUAGUGACGUUUCGUGUUCGUAUAGACUAGCAAAACUUUCCGAAGGUCAGCUAUUUGAUGGUAGAUUGGAGUGUUUGUACCACGGUUGGCAAUUCGAAGGCAAUGGUAAAUGUGUGAAAAUACCACAGCUCUCAGAAGGCGCAAAGAUCCCAUCAUCAGCUUGUGUGAGAACAUACGAAAUCAAGGAUUCACAGGGCGUGAUAUGGAUCUGGAUGUCGCGUAAGAGUCCUCCCAAUCCUGCAAAAAUCCCUUGGUUUGAGAAUUUUGAGAGGCCAGGGUUUCGAGAUUUAUCAACCAUCCACGAGCUCCCCUAUGAUCACUCCAUCCUUUUAGAGAACCUCAUGGAUCCUUCCCAUGUUCCUAUCUCACACAACAGAUCAGAUUCUAAUGCGAAAAGGGAAGAAGCAGGGCCGUUGUAUUUUGAGGUGACUGAAAGGACAGGGCGAGGCUUUGCCGGCCGGUGGGGUAGAGAAAGAGACGUAUCAUUGCCAAACCACAUCCCAAACUUUCUGAGGUUUGAGGCGCCUUGUGUACUUCAGAGUAACCGGCAAGUCAUUGACAAGAAGGGCCAGAAGAUCUACUUCACGGGGCUGUUCCUCUGCAGACCUUCGGGGCAAGGGAAGUCUAUGCUCAUAGUUCGCUUUGGGAACACGAUGAAGCCCUCAUUUGUGUUCAAACUGCUUCCACAAUGGUUCUUGCAUCAGACAGCUAGCAAGAUUCUUGAGGAAGACAUGGGGUUCCUUUCCUCUCAGAAUGAGAUUCUUGUGAGAGAAAAAUCUCCGACGAGAGAGCUCUACAUCAACUUGAAGACAUCAGACACGUGGGUUGCAGAGUACCGAAGAUGGAUGGACAAAGUCGGGCAUGGAAUGCCUUACCAUUUCGGCCACAGCACAGUUUCUUUACCGGAAAACCCUGCACUGGUCGAGCAUGCUCCAGCGGGAUUCACUGCCAGCCUCUCGGCUUCUCAGCCAGCUAAGGGCGGCAUUGGAUCAAUGCACGCCCCGAACCCUGCUAACAGAUACUUCCGGCAUGUGAUCCACUGCAAGGGGUGCAGGAACGUCGUGAAGUUAUGUCGUGCGUGGAAGAAAGCUCUCUCUGUUGCUGCUGCUGUUUCUACGGCUUUGGCAAUUCUGGCGUCAGGGAGGAUGUCGAGGGUGCUGUUGUUGCUCUCGGCUGCAGUUUUUGUGGCUGGGAUUCAGAUCUGCUCGAGUGUGAUUGCAAUGAACACAACCAACUACAUAAGAAGUCAUAGAAGGUUGUGAUGUGAAGUAGUAGCUGCAAAAGUAUGGUAUUGCUUUUACAUCUGUAGGCAAGGUUGAAGUUUCUGUUAAAUAAAAUAUGUUUGUUUGCAGUA